AUGGAUGGUGACGAGCUUAUUGCCUCGGUCUAUCGCAAGAUAGAGCGGGAGAAGGCCCUCAUCGCCGCUGCGAUCGACGUCAACAUCCGCGAUGGCCGUAAGAAUAUCGCCUACCUCGAGGAGAAGAUGCGAGAGCUUCAGAUUCGUCGGAUCGAGCAAGAAGGUGGUGGUUCGCCAGGUCAGCGAGGCGGGCCCGCGCCGCCGCCAAAGGACGGCGGAUACUUUGGUGAAGAUGAAGCUGGUUAUCCUCAGGGUGGCUCCGGUUCGAUGCCAUCGGGUGCCCCCUUUUCCGACCCCCGCCCAUAUGCACCCAUCCCCAAGGCGCGCCCUAAUUACACCAAGCUCGAUCUCAUCAAAUAUGAUACCGCUUAUCUCGGACCGAAGAUUCAGCUCAUGCUGUCCCAGCUUGAGUUCAAGCUGAGUGUGGAGAAGCAAUACAAGGCGGGUAUCGAAAAGAUGGUUCGGCUUUAUCAAGACGAGGGCGAUCGGAAGAGUCGCGCGGAUGCCGAAAGCCGACGCAUCGAGAGUAACCAGAAGAUCCAGCUGCUAAAGCAGGCCUUGAAGCGAUACGAGGAUCUUCACGUCGAUAUUGAGUCGAACGAUGCUGCCGAUGACGAGAGUCUCAGCAGUCCCAACAUGCGCAAGCCAUUGACUGGUCUUCUUACGAUGCGGAUCCACGCUGUCAAUGAUGUGGAUCACGCCGCAAGCUCCAGAUUCUCACGUGGCCCUGAAACCUAUAUCGUUGUCAAGGUGGAAGAUACAAUCAAGGCUAGGACGAAACCCAGCCGGAUCGACAAAUGGGUGGACGAGGCUUUCUCGAUCGACAUUGACAAGGCGAAUGAAAUUGAGCUUACGGUUUACGAUAAGUCGGGAGAUCGCCCCACGCCCAUUGGUAUGUUGUGGGUGCGUAUCUCAGACAUUGCGGAGGAGAUGCGUCGCAAGAAGAUUGAAUCCGAACUCAAUAACUCCGGGUGGGUUUCUGCGGACAGAAUGGCUGGUGAUUCCGGUACACCUCAAUCCAACCAUCCAGGCUCACCCCAGGGCUCUUCUCACGGCAACGGCCCGGGUAGCUUUGGUAACAUGGCUAUUCCCCAGGGGGCGAUGCCUGAGAACCCGAAUGCGCCUCCUACAGUGAUGAUUGACUCAUGGUUUGCUUUGGAACCGUUCGGUCGGAUCCAUCUCUCGAUGAGCUUCGCCAAACAAUUGAAGGACCGCCGUCCUUUCGAUAUUGGUCUCAACCGUCAAGGUGCCGUUCGUCAAAAGAAGGAGGAGGUCCACGAGAAGCAGGGUCACAAGUUCGUCACCCAGCAGUUCUACAACAUCAUGCGCUGUGCGCUGUGUGGAGAAUUUCUCAAGUAUGCUGCGGGUAUGCAAUGUGCCGACUGCAAGUACACAUGUCACAAAAAGUGCUACUCGAAGGUUGUCACCAAGUGUAUUAGCAAGGCCAACUACGAAACCGACCCCGACGAAGAGAAGAUCAACCACCGUAUUCCUCAUCGCUUCGAAGGCUUCUCCAAUCUUUCCGCCAACUGGUGUUGCCACUGUGGUUAUCUUCUUCCAUUUGGACGCAAAAAUGCAAAACGCUGCAGUGAAUGUGGUCUUACUUCCCACGCUCACUGCACGCAUCUGGUCCCUGAUUUCUGCGGCAUGUCUAUGGAAGCGGCGAAUCAAAUCCUAGAAACUCUUAUUCGUGCCAAGACUCACAACAAGUCUACUUCUGUCAGUUCCGGUCUCAGCGGUCGUACCCUCCGACCAAGCGGUCCACCGCACCCCCCUCAAGACAACAUCCGUCUUUCUUAUCCCCCAAAGCCUGCUGAGGGCCCCUACGGGGCAAUGCCCAGAAAAGCCUCGGCUGAAGCGGUAAGCGCUGCGACUAACUCCUAUAUGACUCCACAGUCACCAACAGCUGCUGCACAGAAUGCUCAGCGCCAACCACUGCCGCCGAAGUCGCCUACCGCCGGGUCCGCUGCCCAGGCUGCUGCCGCUGCCGCGGCAAGUCUGCGUAGUCCUCAGCAAACGCCUAGUAUGCAUUCACUUUUACUGUCUCUUUUUAAUCUCGCCUUGUGCUAA